CUCUCCAGGCAGCAUAGCGCUACGGAGCGCACAGGCAUGUUGGCGUCCACUGGAGCGCACUGACUGUUUAGGGCGGGAUGGACCCUGAAUCAGAGGACCGCUGAGGCUUGUUGGCUCGGAGAGGUGGAAGCUGAAGGCGUGUGGAGGAGGAGGAGGAGCAGGAGGAUGGUACCAGUCAGUGGCGAUUUAAUUCCGGCUGAAGCGGCUGUCUUUACUAGGGGUGGAGGGGUACAGUAGUCCACCGCCUGGCAGUAUAAUCCGCUUGCGGGGAGGAGCAGGGAAAGCCCUUUUCAGACUGACACAGACAAAGGGAGGGAGAGUUUAAAGUCGCACUGGACCACAGAGGAAUGUUUAGUCAUAUCUGGAUCAUUUCUCCUGCUGCUGACUGAUACAAACUCUGAGUAUUCAAGCUGCUGGACUUCUACAUCACAUCAUGAGUGGACCGACAAAUGUUCAGUACCAUUCAGGUCUCUAUGGAGGAAACAACAACAACAGCAGCUCUCCUCUCUCCAGCCGGGGAAAUUCGCCCAUCGUAUGUGAGCGCUGUGGGGAGGUUUGUCGUGGGGAGGUGGUGCGCGUCAAAAGUACACACUUCCAUGUUCACUGCUUCACCUGCCAAGUGUGUGGUUGUGAUCUGGCCCACUCGGGGUUCUUCCACCACUCUGGCGAGUACAUCUGCACAGAGGACUACCAGCGGCUCUACGGGACGCAGUGUGACAGCUGUGAGCAGUACAUCACUGGAGAGGUGGUGUCUGCGCUGGGGAGGACGUACCACCGACACUGCUUCGUCUGCAGCAUCUGCAGGAGUCCGUUCCCGAUUGGAGACAGGGUGACCUUCUGUGGGAAGAAGUGUGUGUGUCAGCAGUGCUCACACACUCUGAGCAGCGACAAGCCCGUCAAGGUCCAUGGACCAAGCU